AUGGCUGUUCUGUCUCGUGUUCUUCUGGUUGCUGCUGCUGCUGCCUUAGGUGUUUCUGCUACCACCGUCACUUUGAAUUUUGAUGAUGUCGCCGUCUCAAACGACAAGCAUUGCGGCCAGACGGCAUUGAGCCAGAAAACAGCCUAUAAUGGCUUCCUUAUUUCUGGCGGUGGCGGAAUCGGCAUUUUGAACAGCACACAGACCGCCAACUGUCCAACUGAAGAGGAGACUCGCGCCUAUUCUUCGUGGUCUACCUCCGGCACUAAUGUUCUCUACAACGGAAAUGGAAGGCUCAAAUUCCAAGUUCAAGGGUCGCAGAAGAUCACAAAGUCUUCUUUUGAUAUUGAUCUUAUCUUUUACGACAACCAGCUGGCCUUAAACACAACUGUUGAGAUUCAGACUACCCUAUCCGGCGGAGAACAAGACCUGUACGUUUUCCACACUCUUGAAGAUGGAUUCGGACCUUAUCACAUCGAAACCACCGGUGCCCCCGCAUCUUACGUUUCUAUUGAGGCUCUUGCUAUUAUGCCUAUUGGCGAAGGCCCAACUAUCAACACUGAUCUUGCUGUUGACACUGCUGUGUUCGAGCUUGCCUAA